UCCGUCUGGCAAGGUUUGGCGCAUCAGCGGAGAACAGGAGAGAGAGAGAGGACGUGAUUUGGAGCUGCGGUUCUUUCCCUAGAUUCUGCGAGCGGUGGCCUCCCGCUUUAGGACGCACGACUCCUUUUGGAAUUGUACACUCUCUUUGCUGCUAACUUCCUUGCCUAUUCCACACCGGCCUUAUCCACCCGGCAAACCGCACUAUUCUGAACACCCAUUCCAUUGAUAGCGGUCCAUUAAGCGCAGCAAGAGCAGAACAGCGAAGAUGUCUGGGCAAGGCUAUCAGGGCAAGAAGAACAUUCCCCGCAUUACAAGUGACCGUCUCCUGAUCAAAGGGGCGAUAAUCGUGAACGAUGACCAGUCCUUCUGUGCUGACAUCUACAUGGAGGAUGGUCAUAUCAAACAAAUUGGCGAGAACUUGAUAGUGCCCGGUGGGGUGAAGACCAUCGAUGCCCACGGGCGCAUGUUGAUGCCAGGGGGCAUUGAUGUGCACACACGCUUCCAGAUGCCCGACCGGGGCAUGACCUCGGUGGACGACUUCUACCAGGGCACCCGCGCCGCUCUGGCAGGGGGCACUACCAUGAUCAUUGACCACGUGGUUCCGGAACCUGGGGUCAGUUUGCUGUCUGCCUUUGAGCAGUGGCGUGAGUGGGCGGACAGCAAGUCGUGCUGUGACUACUCUCUACAUGUGGACAUCACUGAGUGGCACAAGGGAGUCCAGGAGGAAAUGGAGGCCCUUGUCAAGGACCACGGUGUCAACUCUUUCCUUGUCUAUCUGGCUUAUAAGGGUGUUUUCCAGCUUGCUGACUCUCAGGUCUAUGAGGUGUUCAGUGUGAUCCGGGACCUGGGGGCCAUCGCUCAGGUCCAUGCUGAGAAUGGAGACAUUGUGGCUGAGGAGCAGCGUCGUAUCCUGGAGCAGGGCAUCACUGGACCUGAGGGACACGUCUUGAGCCGUCCUGAAGAGGUGGAGGCAGAGGCUGUUAAUCGUUCGGUGACAGUAGCCAAUCAGACCAACUGUCCCCUCUACGUCACUAAGGUGAUGAGCAAGAGUGCUGCUGAUGUCAUCGCUCAGGCCAGGAAGAAGGGCACGGUGGUGUACGGGGAGCCAAUCACUGCCAGCCUGGGCACAGAUGGCUCACACUAUUGGAGCAAGAACUGGGCCAAGGCCGCCGCCUUCAUCACGUCCCCGCCCCUCAGCCCAGACCCGACCACGCCCGACUAUCUCAGCUCCCUGCUCUCCUGUGGAGACCUUCAGGUGACUGGCAGUGCCCACUGCACCUUCAACACUGCCCAGCGCGCCGUGGGCAAAGACGACUUCACCCUCAUCCCCGAGGGUACCAACGGCACUGAGGAGAGAAUGUCCCUCAUCUGGGACAAGUGUGUGGUGACAGGCAAAAUGGAUGAGAACCAGUUUGUGGCGGUCACCAGCACCAACGCUGCUAAGAUCUUCAACCUGUACCCCCGUAAGGGCCGCAUCGCUGUGGGCUCUGACGCCGACCUGGUCCUCUGGGACCCAGACGUCACCAAGAUCAUCUCAGCCAAGAGCCACAACUCGAAUGUGGAGUACAACAUCUUUGAGGGUGUGGAGGUGCGUGGCGCCCCCCUGGUAGUGAUCAGCCAGGGUAAGAUCGUCCUGGAGGAGGGGAACCUCCACACCACCGAGGGGUGUGGCCGCUUCGUGGGCCGGAAGCCCUUCUCGGACUACGUCUACAAGAGGAUAAAGGCCCGCAGCAGGCUGGCUGAGCUAAGGGGUGUUCCCCGGGGGCUAUAUGACGGGCCUGUCUGUGAGGUGUCAGUCACACCCAAAACUAUGACUCCUGCCUCCUCUGCCAAGAACUCUCCAGCCAAGCAGGCAGUAGCCGGGGCCCAGCCUGUCCGCAACCUGCACCAGUCAGGGUUCAGCCUAUCUGGUGCUCAAGUUGAUGACAACCUUCCUCGGCGUAACACCCAGCGCAUUGUGGAGCCACCUGGUGGCAGGGCCAACAUCACCAGCCUGGGUUAACCCCUCCCAUUGGCCACCAGGGGAAAUGAGGGCUUGAGGAGAGGGGCAUCAGGGACUAGGGGACAUUCCACCAGGAGCCAAACCAAUUCUCCCCUCCUCAAUCUCUUUCCCCCGUCUGCCGCUCCGUACAUCUCUCCCCCACUCUCUCUCCCCCGACACCCCACUAUAAAGGAGACGCCUAUAAAAAAAUAUUUGCCUCAUUGGAAGAAAAAAAAGAGACGACAACAACAGCCCAUAUUUGAGCACUUUUGACUGUAUUAUUUAGUGUUCUCUACUGUACUUUCUUCCUGCCAUGUAUCAUUCAGUUUAUUUUUUGAUGUUCAUGUCAUAGUAGAGGGGUCAAGUGAGACUAGACUGAGCAGUUUUAACACAGCCAAAAGGUCAAGGCAGUGCAUGUCGCAUUUGCAUGGAGGAAGUCCAAUCUGUUUCCGUUCGUCUUUUUUCAUUUUCAAUAUAGGGUAAAUGAAGUACGGAGACACAUGGGUAACAUGUUCUACAUCAGAUAUCAGAUUAGUUGCGCUAACAUUAUGUAGUGAACAAACAUGGAAGAGAUAAGUCGCUUAUGCUUUCCUCAAUAUUGAUCUUUUCACUGGUUUGUGUUUGUUCUCUACUGUUUAUACAGCCUUGCCCUCCACUGUGCUCGUCCUCUCCCACACGGUUAAGAUCAGUACAGCACUGGCUACCAUCAACACAAUUUAUUGACUUGUCCUUUGUUAUUGUUUAAAGCUGGCAGUAUGCCAUCCUCGUCCUCCGGGUUACGGGAUGAGGCAUGAGAUUAGUAGUAAACUGAACCACUGUUGAAAACCUGAAAGGAGCUUCUCACUGGUGCUCAUCUCAUGUCAUCCCACCAGUAGCUUUGUUUAAAGGAAUAAAUGGACUGAAAAAAAACAUGGUCCAUAUUUGGAAGCUGCUGGUGAGCCAGGAAAGUCCAGUAGAUUAGAGGAGAAGGGGUUUUGGCAGGCUGUGAAUAGAGCGCUGUAUUUCUCCCAGGGAGAGGCCAUCAUGGAACUUAACGGCCCAUGAGAGGAGAUGUGACUCAAAUGUAGGAUGUUGGGAGGAGUGUAACCGGGUCGGCAGCGAAGGAAGGGAGAUUUGUCAGAAUACUAGGGAAUGCCCAAUUUUUCAUAGCCUCGUUCAACUCACCCUCUUUGCAAGAUGGUGCCACACUCGUACUCAGCUACGCUAUAGUACAGUAUGUGCCCAUAUACCUCGCCUGAAGGGGAUUGUGAUCUAUCACUGUAAUGGGAUCUUUGAGACUCAUACACCCUUUUAUUGACAGUGUUGCAGGCAGCAUCCCUCCCUCCUGUUCUACAAUGUCCCAGUACCAACCAGUGCAUUCAGAAGACUGAAUGUCUUUCUGCUCCCGGCCUCCUCUUUUUAAUUAAUGCACUCCUCUUUUCCUUUUAAUCUCUUUAUGUGCCUGAACCCACAGAAGUUGUACUGAUAUUUCGAUUUUCUAUUAUUCUUAUGAUGGUAAGAUAAAAAUGUAAAAUAGCUGAUGUUAACCGAUACAAAGGUGCCAGAUUUUGUUAUUUCGUAUUCCACGGAUAGUGCUCCUUUAAAAACAACUAUGCUUACUUAAUAUGUUCUAAUGUUUUAGUUUUUAACUGUUCUUAUAUUUGGUGUCAUUCUGUAAGUAGUGGCCUGAGGCUGAACACUAUUCAUCUGAGCUUGAAAGUAGACAUGGAGUAAUGUAUAUCUAACUAGUGUGCAGUGUUAAUGUGUAAGGGAUGGGACACACACUGGUCCCAGUGCACCACUCUUUGGGUCUCAGACCUGGAGUGCUGGUAAUGGCCCUUCGUUUUGCACGGUCUGGUUUUCAUUAAGGCAAAGCAGUCUGGCAGCUGUUUUUCUACCUUCACUCGCAUGUCAGCGAGAUCCUGGCCUAAAAGUCGCUGUUCUGCAGUGUUUCGCCUUUUCCUCUCCAUGACUCAACACAGAGCAACACACUCACACUGUGACAGACGCACUCACUCACACUCUGACAGACACACUCACUCACACUGUGACAGACGCACACACUCACACUGUGACAGACGC